AUGUCCUCUCCCACCACCACCCCCCGGAAACUCUGGUCUCCUCCCAACCCUCAAGGAACUCUGGCCUACAAAUUCAUGCAACAACUCAACAAGAGACACUCCACCAAUCUCUCCACCUGGCACGACCUCCACGCCUUCUCCGUCCAACACCGCAAUACCUUCUGGACGGAACUCUUCCAUACCUAUCCACCUAUUUACUCGGGGAGAUUUGAGCGGGCGGUGGAUGAAGGGGCGAGAAUGGAUGGGGUGCCGAAUUGGUUUGAAGGGGUGGAGGUCAACUUCGCGGAGACAUCGCUCCUCCAACCGGACCCAAAGGACGCUGGCAAGGGUGUGAAGGAUAGAAAGGAGGACUGGAGGCUCGCGGUGACGGAAGUGAGAGAGGGAGGGACGGAGAUUAGGGAGUGUACGUGGGGGGAGUUGAGAGCGAGAGUUGCCGUGCUGGGCAACGCGAUGAGGGCGAGAGGUGUUGGAGUGGGUGAUCGGGUGGCGAUUGUUGCGUCGAAUUCGAUUGACUCGCUGGUUGUUUUCUUCGCUAUCACGAGUGUGGGAGGGAUCUUCUCGAGUUCAAGUACAGACAUGGGAACCAAAGGUGUUCUCGACAGACUGCGCCAAAUCCGACCGAAAUUCGUCUUCGUCGACGACUGGGCGUUGUAUAACGGUAAGACGACGGACUUGAGGGAGAAAAUGGGGGAGAUCGAAGAAGGCAUGAGAGGCGUGAAAGGUUUCGAAGGGUUGGUGAGUAUGCCGCGCACACAGUCCGCACCGAAAGACAUCAGCAGCGUCAAGGAAUGCGAGACGCUGGCGAACUUCUUGUCCGCAGCGAAAGGCGAUACGACGCUCCGCUUCACCCGCGUCCCCUUCGCCGCGCCCUUCCUCAUCGUCUACUCCUCCGGCACAACCGGCAUGCCGAAAUGCAUCGUCCACUCCGUUGGCGGCGUGCUCCUCAAUUCCCGGAAAGAAGGAAAUCUCCACCGCGACGCCGCCGCCCUCUCCCCGGACGACACGUGCGUGCUGCAAUUCACCACCACCGGUUGGAUCAUGUACUUGACCUCCAUCAUGUCCCUCACCAAUGCCCAGCGCGCAAUCCUCUACGACGGCUCCCCCUUCCAACCCGACCUCACCUCCUUCCUCUCCCUCGUCGAGUCCCAACGUGUCACCGACUUCGGCAUCUCCCCGCGCUUCCUAUCCACUCUCGCGACAGCCAAACCCCCUAUCCUCCCCCGCGAACGCUACGACCUCUCCCGUCUCCGUCGCGUGACGUCUACGGGUAUGGUUCUCUCGGAAGCGCAGUUCGAAUGGUUCUACGACGAAGCGUUCCCGGCCCACGUGCAGUUGGAUAAUAUCUCCGGCGGCACGGAUUUGGCGGGGUGUUUCACGAUGGGCAAUUUGAUGUGUCCGGUCUACUGUGGUGGUACGGUGGCUCCGGCGCUGGGAAUGGCGUUGGAGGCGUACGAUCAGACGAUCGAAGGUGGGAAAGGGGUUAAGGGACGUUCGUUGCCCGCGGGAGAGGCGGGCGAGAUGGUUUGUACGAAGGGAUUCCCGACGCAGCCGGUGAAGUUCUGGGAUGAUCAUGAUGGAGAGCGAUACUUCAACUCCUACUACGCGCGUUUCGACAACGUGUGGACGCAUGGGGACUUUAUAUCGUUCCAUCCUGUCACGGGCGGCGUGACUUUACACGGAAGAGCAGAUGGCGUGCUGAAUCCGAGCGGAGUCCGUUUCGGCAGCGCGGAGAUUUACAGCGUGAUUGAGAACCAUUUCGGGGAGGAAGUACUCGACAGUAUUUGUGUCGGCCAACGACGGCCACAGGACUUGGACGAGAGCGUGCUUCUCUUCCUCCUCAUGAAACCAGGGCAGAAAUUCACCGAAAAUUUGGUCAAGAGGGUAAAGGAGGCGAUAGCGAGGGACUGCGGCAAGAGAUGUGUGCCGAAAUAUGUAUUUGAGACGCCGGAGAUUCCUACUACGAUCAAUUUGAAGAAAGUCGAAUUGCCGGUCAAACAGAUUGUUUCGGCAAAGACGAUUAAGCCGUCGGAUACGUUGGCGAAUAAGGAGUGUUUGAAUUUUUAUUAUCAGUUUGCGCGGAUUGAGGAGGUGGUGGGGCUGAAGAGUAAGUUGUGA